AUGGCAGAAACCGGGCAAUCGCAAGCCCGGGUGGUGCCCGUGAUCAGCGAGCUCAAAGUCCCCAAGGGGACUCGCGAUUGGUUUGGCGCGGACGUCAUUCUCCGUGACCAUAUCUUCCAAACAAUCAGCGAGGUCUUCAAGCGCCACGGUGGGACGGCAUUGGACACGCCGGUGUUCGAACUCAGAGAGGUGCUUACUGGAAAAUAUGGCGAAGAUUCGAAGCUCAUAUAUGACUUGGCCGACCAAGGCGGAGAACUCGCAGCGUUGCGGUUUGACCUGACGGUUCCCUUCGCUCGAUGGCUCGCCAUGAACAACGUCACCCAAAUCAAGCGCUACCAGAUCUCCAAGGUCUACCGACGAGAUCAGCCUGCCAUCGCCCGAGGUCGCAUGCGAGAAUUCUAUCAAUGCGACUUCGACAUUGCAGGCGAGACCGAUCCCAUGAUUCCCGAUUCCGAAAUCCUGCGGAUCAUCAUCGAGGUGUUCAAGGCGCUGGAGUUGGAUGUCACUAUCAAACUCAAUCACCGAAAAGUCCUCGACGGACUAUUUGCGGUGGCGGGUGUUCCCGCCGAUAAGAUCCGGGCAACAAGUUCGGCGGUGGAUAAACUGGAUAAGAUGCCCUGGGUAGAAGUAAAAAAGGAAAUGGUCGAGAGUAAGGGAAUUCCGGACGAGGUUGCAGAUCGAAUUGGCGAAUAUGUACAACAAAGCGGUCCAAUCGCCGAUAUGCUGGAGCGUCUCCAGGCGGACUCGAAGCUGACAAGCAACGACGACGUCAAGGCCGGGUUGAGCGACCUUUCCCUACUGGUGACCUACCUCCAAGCCAUGGGUGUCGCAGACAAGAUCUCCUUCGAUUUAUCGCUUGCCCGGGGUCUCGAUUACUACACGGGACUGAUAUACGAAUGCGUGGUGGGGCCCACCGCCGCGACGGAGCCCAACGCAUCAGCACCGAAAUCCAAAUCCAAAUCCAAAUCCAAGAAAUCCGACGAUCCGUCCAGCCUCGUCGGCAGCAUCGGAGCCGGCGGCCGCUACGAUAACCUCGUCGGCGUGUUCGGCAAGCGCACGAUCCCCUGCGUCGGUAUCUCGUUCGGCGUCGACCGUAUCUUCACCAUCCUCAAAGCCAAACGCGAGCGCGAAGCCGGGGCCGCGCCGCGGACGCGCGAGACGGACGUCUACGUGAUGGCCUUUGGCGGCAAAGGAUUCGACGGACUGCUGGCCGAGCGGAUGUCAGUCAUCAGCGCGUUGUGGGAUGCCGGCAUCAGGGCGGAGUUCAGCCCCAAGGUCAAGCCGCGGCUGCCGCAGCAGUUCAAAGCCGCGGCGGACGUACCUCUCGCCGUGAUCCUUGGCCAGGAUGAACUGGCGGCCGGCAAGGUGAAGAUUAAGGUCCUCGGUCUGGAGAGUGACCACCCUGAGAAAGAGGGCGUGAUGGUGGACCGAGCGGAUGUCGCUGCGGAGGUUCGCAAGCGGUUACCGAAGCCAUGA